AUGGCCCCCAAGGAGAUGCUCCCCCCUGGCUGGGACGACCUAGACAGCACAACCCUUCUUCGAGCUAUAUUAGCGGGUAGGCGGUUCACUGCUGACAGCUGCGUUCUUUUACCAUGGCGCUUUGACAGGCAGAUGGGGCAACUUUUCAUGAUGGGUUUCGAUGGAACAUCUGUCAGUCCCCAGAUUCGGUCGCUCAUCGAGGACUACCACCUCGGCUCUGUUCUGCUAUCUGCCAAAAAUCUUAAAUCUGCAGAAGAUGCAACGCGAUUGGUUCUUGAGUUGCAGACAAUCGCUCGGGAUGCUGGCCAUCCGGUACCUUUACUCAUUGCCUUGGACCAGGAAAAUGGCGGAGUGAAUAGCCUGUACGAUGAUAUCUAUAUCCGGCAGUACCCAAGUGCAAUGGGUAUGGCUGCGACAGGCUCAAAGGGUCUGGCCCAUGAAGUUGCGGUGGCGACGGCACAAGAGCUUAGAGCCGUAGGGGUGAACUGGAUCUUGGGCCCUGUGCUGGAUGUGCUUACCAAUGUGCGGAAUCAGCCCUUGGGCGUCCGCACCACGGGAGAUGACCCACAAGAGGUUUCUCAAUACGGCGUUGAAUUUAUGAGAGGCUAUCAAAAGGCAGGGCUCGUGACAUGCGGCAAGCAUUUCCCCUCCUAUGGUAACCUGGAGUUUCUCGGAUCUCAGACGGACGUGCCGAUCAUUACUGAGUCCCUAGAACAGCUUAGUUUGACUGCACUGGUGCCCUUUCGCAAUGCGAUCCUUCAUGGCUUGGACUCGAUGAUGGUCGGGGGCGUUUCUAUGUCGUCUGCCGGAGUUAAUGUGAUGCACGCCUGCCUAAGCGAGCAGGUGGUUGAUGAUUUGCUACGGAAAGACCUGCAGUUCAAAGGCGUGGUCGUUUCUGAGUGCCUAGAGAUGGAGGCCCUCACCCACAAUAUUGGCGUUGGAGGAGGGACAGUAAUGGCUAAAAAUGCCGGUUGUGAUAUCAUCCUCCUUUGUCGCUCAUUCCAGGUUCAGCAAGAGGCCAUCAGCGGCUUGAAGCUUGGUGUGGAGAACGGCAUUAUUGGGCGCGGACGCAUCGAACAGUCGCUCCGCAGAAUACUGAGCCUCAAGGCAAAAUGCACAUCUUGGGAGCAAGCCCUUCACCCUCCUGGUCUUACUUCACUCACCCAGAUGCAACCAUCUCAUACCAGUCUUUCAACUCGAGCAUACAACAGCUCUAUUUCCGUCGUUCGAGACAAGCAAAACCUACUACCUUUGACCAAUUUUCUCGACCAAAACGAGGAGUUGCUGCUGUUGACGCCCCUAGUAAAGCCAUUGCCUGCUUCUGCCGUAUCGCGCUCCGUGUCCGAGAAUUUGAACAUAUCUCUUGAUCCUGUCUCACGGGACCGAACAGCAUCCGUACUGAGUGGCGAAAGUGUCUUCAAAGAGCUCGGAAGGUCCCUUUCCCGACAUCGCAGUGGACGUGUUCUGCACACAUCCUACACAGCGAACGGUGUACGUCCCAUCCAUGAAAAUCUCAUUGAUCGGGCUAGCGCAGUCAUCGUUGUCACCGCAGAUGCAAACCGGAACUUGUAUCAGCAUGGGUUCACUAAGCACGUGUCCAUGAUCUGUAGGUCCCAGUUUACGGCCUCAGGCGAACCUCGUGAGAAACCAUUAAUUGUGGUUGCAGCAAGUUCACCAUACGACUUUGCGAUGGACUUGUCUAUUGGAACAUAUGUUUGCACUUACGAUUUCACUGAAACGGCUUUGGAGGCUCUGGUCAAAGUACUUUACGGCGAAUUGACCCCUAUGGGAUCACUCCCAGGUUCUAUAAGCCGCAGUCAAAAGCUUCAUCAAGCGAGACAACACUGGCUGGUAGAGAGCUGGAACGAGGAUAGGGAUGCCCAUGCCUUGGAUUCCCUUCUGGACGCUGUUCGAGAGGAUUGUGUACAAGGACAACGUUCGGAGUUGCUAGGUGUGACAUCUUCCAGCUUUUUGCUCUGUAGAGAAGAGAUUGACGAGGCACAUUUUGUGGUUCGAAACAGCAGUACACAGACUCUAUACGGAUUCUGCUCCACGUAUUACUUCCGGUCCACGGGCACUGGCGUCAUUGGGUCUUUGAUCGUCCAUCCUGCAAGACGGAAGCUAUCGAUCGGGAAUUCUCUCCACAACCGCGCCAUUCGAACGCUCUUGCAAAGGAAGGGCAUGAAGAGGUUCCAGCUUGGCUCUCGCCUUCCCGGAAUAUACCUAGGUAUCCCAUCAGCAAAUCCGGUGGACCGUAAACGGCUCCGCCAAUGGUUUGCAAACCUGGGUUGGAACACGGCCCUUUCACGGCCGGUAUGUAGCGCGGUAUUGCGCAGUUUGUCUUCUUGGGCGCCACCGGACGGCUUGAUUCACAGUAUCCAGAAUGCGGACGUGGCCUACGAUCUUGUUUAUGGAUGGGACUACGCGGAGUCGAUCCUGGAUCACAUUAAAACGAACUCGAGGCAAGGAGUUCUGGACAUCUACAAGGUCGCUUUGAGAGGAGCUCCGCACUGUGGGAUCAUUCGGGCCACACGGCCCGGUGAUCGGGCUAUCUUGGGCAGCGUAGUCGUCUACAGUGGACGAGCAGCUUUAGCAGAGCACAUGCCGGCCCUGAGAUCUCUUCAGGUCGCCGCCGGGGGUAUCUCUUCCCCAGUCAUUUCUCCUUCGGUCGGCGAGUAUGCUACGAUCAUGCAGGGACUGAUUUUACUGGGCAUCAAACAAAUUCGUAAGCAGGGUGCUGAGGCCCUGCUCAUGGACUGUGUUGAUGGUGAUAGCAACCUCGAUUGCUUAUCCGGGAUGGGCUUCAAUAGUCUGCAUAGCUUCGAGGAGGUCAAUUGCGAUGCCGCAACAUGGACUAUGGUACCUACGUCGUAG